AUGGUUAAGUCAACUCAAAUUUCAAGGAUUGAUGGCUUGAUGCUGGCCGCAUCCGUUGAUGACGAGCAGGCAGAGAGCGACCUCGCUGAGAUCAAGAGCCAGGCUAAAAUGAUCUUCCGCCGUCUAAAUCGCAACUCCGCUCCGCAAGCAAGCAUUGAGUCAGGCCAAUACAACCUCCACUAUUCGAUUAAAGACGAUAUUUGCUUCUUGUGCAUUUGUGAUCGCUCCUACCCUCGCAAGCUUGCGUUCACCUAUCUCGCUGAUCUGGCCUCCGAAUUCACCACCACCUACUCCCCCUCACAAUACCAAUCACCCAACCUUCGCCCAUAUGCAUUCGUCGAGUUCGAUACCUUUAUCCAGCGCACAAAAAAGACUUAUCAGGACAGUCGCGCUUCAGGCAAUCUUGAUAAGCUGAAUGAUGAGCUACGCGACGUCACCCAGGUCAUGACCAAGAACAUCGAGGACCUCUUGUAUCGCGGUGAUAGUUUGGAGCGGAUGGGCGAAUUGUCUGGUCGUCUGCGGGAGGACAGCAAAAAGUACCGCAAGGCAGCAGUCCGCAUCAACUGGGAAUUGUUGGUGAAACAGUACGGUCCUUUCGUCGGCCUCGGACUCUUCAUUUUCAUCUUCCUCUUCUGGCGAUUCUUCUGA